GUGAUCAAUUACCAUUACAAAAAUCUCAAUCUUAAACAUUUGCUCAUUCUGUGUAUUCGUGUCUUUAAAAUAGGGUAACUUUGUUGCAAAUGCAAGCUUGAUUUCAAAUUUGAUUUCAAACUGAAUUGAAUUUACAGAAAAAAGGCAAAUACACAGUCAGUAAUAAAAUUAUAAAACAAAUGACCACAAUUCAUUUGAGGUAUUCAAAAUAUGACAAGACACAAUUUUUAUAAGCAGUGUUUUAAGAGCCAUAUAUGUUAUUUAUUUAGAUAAAAGGAACAUCAGAUGGCUUUGAUCUGUAAUGUCUGUACAAUGAUGCAGUUACACAGACUAGGAUAUUUAUAUGAACAAAUCAUACAAAUAUCCCAUUCCGAAACAUUUCUAGCAUAAACUUACAUUGUAAAGAAAUUAAAGAUCCAUCUUUGAUUGUUGAAAGACUUUCUGGUGCAUUUCACUUACAGCCAAUAAAAUUUCCAGUAGCAUUUCCAUCGGUCAGGCGUGGAUCUAUUCUGAAUGGUUGAUAACCUUUCACAAAGUUUAAUCCAGGAGCAAAAAUAAAUCAUUUCUACUUUAAAAGCACGGAGAGAUCGCGAUUGCACAGUCUGCACACAAGCAAUAUCGGAGUGAGAGGACAAGCAGUUCAUGUGUAUAAGUUAGGACUAUGCACAUGACUGUGUUCUCAUGUUACAAUAAAGCGCUCGCCACAUUUGCGUGGAAAUGAUUACAAUUAUCCGGAAUACCUGCAAUCCCGCGCGUGGACAUUCAGACUCUGUAUUGCUGGAUGCUGUCGGAGAGGAGAGAGACGCAGCGUGUAUCGGUGUAUAGACGGUAGAUACUGUGGAGAAUGAGUAAUGGAACCGUAUCAGAUAUUUCAGUAUCGGUAUCAAAAUAUAGAUAUUUAGGAUAACACUACCAUGUCGUUUGUUUCUCCAAUCUUUGACUCCAUAGUUACGCUGAGCUCCCUCACUGUCCGAUCAGCUCUUCAAAACCUGCUGCUUUUCCCGCGGUUCAGAUAUCAGGGCUUUUAUUGGUCCGUUUAUGAUGGGAUAUCUUUAUUGGCUACUGAAGUGCCGACAAAGGUUUGAAUAUCAAUUCAAAUUUGUGGGCGUACUCAGUAACGAACUAUGAUUUAAAAGUAACGAAGUAGAUUAUUUAGCAAAAUUUGUAAUGAAGUACAAGUAAAAGUACAGCUUUAAAAAUAUACUCAAAAAAGUACAAGUACCCGAAAAAACUACUUAAUUACAGUAACGUGAGUAGUUGUAACUCGUUACCUCCACCACUGAUGUUUGAUCGCAAAUCAUUAGUGUUUAAGAAUUAAAGCAUGGUAGUCAGAUUUAAUCACCCUGAAGCGAAAGCAAGAGCACCCUCAGUUGAUACUGAUAUCAUAUUAUUGGUGAAAUACUCUGCAUUGUGUUGUUUUUUCCGUGACAGGAGACGAGAGAGAGGGAGAAUACACAGCUGGUAUCAUAUCAGUGUAUUUCUACUGCAGAAGAGGAGUGUUGGAAACAUUUCAGAGACAUGCUGAAAUAUCAGUGUUGUUCUCAUCACUGCAGCUUAGCCUAAGCACCCAGACAUCCAGGUCCUUCAGAGCAGAGCGUGCGUGUAAGCUUCGAAAGCAUCAUUAAUCCAGAUGAGAAAAGGAAGACAGUUUGUUAACAGUUUGUGAGUCACUGUCUGUGAUUAACAGCACUUUUCAGGCUACAUAUCAAUAAUGGCAGAAAUGAUCAGAGGUUUGAACCUGGUGUUACUGGGAAGAACAGGAAUUGGGAAAAGUGCUUCAGGAAACACAAUACUGGGACGAGAAGCUUUCAAAUCAAAGAAGAGCUCUGCUUCAGUCACACGAGACGUAGCUGUGGAGUCUGGGAUUGUCUGUGGACGAUGGCUCACUGUUUAUGACACACCAGGACUGUUUAACACAGAGAUGAGUGAUCAUGAGAUUCAGUAUAAACUUCAUGAGACUCUUCAGAGAUGUGAUUCAGGUCUCUGUGUGUUUCUGCUGGUGAUCAAAGCUGACAGAUUCACUGGGAAAGAGAGGAAGACUGUGGAGAAGAUUGAACAGCUGCUGGGAGACGAGCGCCUGAAGAAAACCUGGAUCCUCUUCACCGGAGGAGACGAACUGGAGGAAGAAAACACGACUAUAGAAGAAUAUAUUAAUCUGUCUGAGCCACUGAAGAAAGUCGUUCAGAAAUAUGAUCAGAGAUACCACGUGUUCAACAACAAGACGAGAGGACCGAGUGAACAAGUGAGACUGCUGCUUGAAAAAAUAAAAGAUGCUCCUGCUGACAGUCUCUCAUCCAGACGGCUUGUUCUUCUGGGUGAAAGUGGAGUUGGGAAGAGUGCAGCUGGAAACACAAUCCUGGGACAGAGAGAGUUUAUAUCUGUGAUGAGAAUGAGUUCAGUAACCAGUGAAUGUUCAGAAGCUCACGUCACUGUUUCAGGCAGAUCUGAGACAGUGGAGAGACUCAGAGCAGCGAGACGACAGAGAUAUGAAGAGAACAGAAAACGACGAGAGAUUGAGAGAAUGAUGAUGGAGGAGGAGGAGGAUAGGAAACGACGAGAGGAGAUUGAGAGAGUCAGAGCUGCGAGACAGAGAUAUGAAGAGAAUAGAAAACGACGAGAGAUUGAGAGAAUGAAAGAGUUUGAGAGAGUCAGAGCUGCGAGACAGAGAGAGGAAGAGAAUAGAAAACAACAAGAGGAGUUGGAGAGAAGACAAAAAGAGACCUGUGUCUGUAGUUGAUGCUCCUGGAUUCUUCAACACUUCCAUUAACAGCUGAUGGAUUAAUGUCAGAAUGUUUCACUUCUGGUCUACAAGCUUUUCUUGUGAAAGCAGACAGAAGAGAAAAGCACAGCAGAGGAGUUCUGCAUCACUUAUCUUUCUGUGGAGCUGAGGAUGCAGCUGACACACUGGAGACAGAGAUGAAGAAUAAAAACAACAAGAGAAGGGAUGAACAGCACAGAAAAAUAUAGUGACGCUGAAAAAAGAAGUAGGAGCAGAGCAGUGAGAGAGCUGCUACACACUUUAUUAUCAUCUGUGUCCUCCAGCUGAAGAUCUCAAGAGCAAUACAGAAUAAAACACAGCAGAACAGCUUCAUCCAGCGGCUGAGACUCAGAGCAGAAUCUGCAGGUCUUCACCGUCACUAUCAGAGCUGUUCUGGGUUCAUGAUGCAGAAGAGGCAGAACUAUAGUGUGCAGAAGGUGAGAGGAAACAUACGCACAUCUCAAGCUAAAAUAAGAUUCCGUGUCCGAUCAGAUGGUGGGUCGGCGCCGGGAGGUGACGUCUGCAGCCCUGAUCGUCAGCGGAGACCAGGACACCCAGAUGACCCCCAGAGAUAUAUCCCUAGAUAUAUCAACCAAAAAUAACAAAAUAACUAAAAUAUAAUAAAAUACCUAACUACAUAAUACUACUAUUGUUAGAAAUUGCAACAAAAUUAAAAUAGAAAUAUAAACUUUUGAACUGCGGGUUUCGUCUGGUCAGAGGAGAACUGACCCCCGACUGAGUCUGGUUUCUCCCAAGGUUUUUUUCUCCAUUCUGUCUCGGAGGGAGUUUUGGUUCCUUGCCGCUGUCACCUCUGGCUUGCUCAGUUGGGGACACUUAAUUUCUAGCGAUUAUCGCCGAUUUGAUUGCACAGAUACUAUUUAAACUAAACUGAGCUAGACAAUGACAUCUCUGAAUUCAAUAAUGAAAUGCCUUUAACUGAAAAUUGAGUGUUUAAUCUUAUCAUUAUACAUUACUGACACUCUGUCCUCCAAUUUGAUGCUGUUAAGUGCUUUGACACAAUCUGUAUUGUAAAAGCGCUAUAUAAAUAAAGGUGACUUGACUUGACUUGACUUUCAAGUCACAAACGAGUCUCGAGUCAAAUCCCAAGUCCUCAAAGAGGUAAAGUUAAUGAGAUAAUUAAGAGACUAAUUAAAUGAUGAUUGUGCAUUAGUGAUGAACACCUGCUGUUAUUGAGAAUCACAGAGGAUCAGAUGUUGAUGUUUUAUUGGUUAAAAUGAUGCCACCAUCAUGGAGAUCAGUGUUUGUUUAGUUGGGCUCUUGACCCGUGACUCCUGCGUUAGAUCUCUUUCUGUAGCAAUGUGUGUGGUGUUGUGAAGUAGAGAUCAGUGCUGUACAGUGAGCAGCUGUUAGUUACUUUUAUAUGAAGAAAUAAGCGUCUUACUAUGUAAAAACCUGUCUGUUCAUAUAAAAAUAUGUUAUGGAAUUACAAGUAACAAAUAUGGGUGUCAUGAUAUAACAUAUUUUUAAUACGACUGCCUUUAUAUUUAAUGUGAAUAAAAACAUUGUAAGUUAGGCAUAACAUUUGCAUUGUACAGAAAGAGAUCAAAGAACAUUUACAUUAUCAAAGCAGUCGUUCUUGAGAAGUGGGACAAAACAGGGUGCAUCAUGAAGGUGUCCGUCUUUGGUAUAUUGGCUGAUGUUCAGCUAUUACAGAACUGCAAAAAAUUCAUAUUAAACAAAUGUCAACGUAAUGCUUUAAUAUUGGGGGGAAAAAAAAGAACUAUCUCACUCAGGCUUUUAGACAUGAACACUUAUCAUACAAUCCUCAACAGUGGUGACAAUAAUUAUUCAUGCUGCAGUGCAUGAUGGGAGUUUUUACUAUGGUGUUACCCAGCAUGCAUGGUGGCAUCAUUUUAACCAAUACAACAUCAACAUCUGAUCCUCUGUGAUUCUCAAUAACAGCAGGUGUUCAUCACUAAUGCACAAUCAUCAUUUAAUUAGUCUCUUAAUUAUCUCAUUAACUUUAACUCUUUGAGGACUUGGGAUUUGACUCGAGACUCGUUUGUGUCUUGAAAGGAAUGACUUGGUUCCUCCUCUGGUGAAAUCAGCUGCUGAGUUCAUGGGUGGAAUAAACACAUGGCAGGACUUUUAC